AUGGCUCCAUCUGCUGUUUUUGAUUCUCCAGCCACUUUGGGAUCCACGGGGCCCUUGGCAUCUCAAACAUCCAAGAUUGUACCUGCAACCAAAUUUGAUGCUUCAAAGCACUUGGCAUAUUCUCCACCGUCUUCGAUUUUGAAGAUGGAGGAUAUCAAGCUUCAGCCUACGGCACUCUCUCCUGUUGCCACGACGGACCCAUUUCCGCUCCUCUCACACGAUGCCGUCUUGCAAUACCGACGGGAGCUCUUCAGUAAGGAGGUCCUGGACAACUGCCUUCAUUAUACUCGCCCAGGAUCGGUCCAGCUGCGCGGUAUGGCUCCCAGAUACACGCCUUUCAUUCAUGAGUUCUGGCAUUCCCCCGAAGUCCUGAAAAUCGUCAGUGACAUUGCCGGCGUUGAGCUUGUUCCUGCCAUGGACUAUGAAGUCAGCCACACCAAUGUUCAACUCGGUCCAGGUGGGCUCGAAGCCGUUCGAAACACCCCCAUUGAGCCUCCAGAGGCCACGGAAGAGGCGAUCAAGAAGUUUGAGCAAGAGAAGCCCAAGAAACAAGUCGUCACCGACCAAACCAAGCCGAUCAUUGAGUGGCACAAGGACUCCCAUCCCUGGGUGUGUGUUGUGAUGCUAUCGGACGCCAGGCAUAUGACUGGUGGAGAGACUGAGCUCAUGAAAGGAGACGGGACAACUCUAAAAGUCAAGGCACCACAGAUGGGUUGCGCUGUUCUUCUCCAAGGCAGGUAUAUCACUCACACCGCCGCUCCCGUGACGAACAUGCCUGAGCGAGUCACUGUCGUGACCUCAUUCAGGCCCAAAAACCCUCUCCUCCUGGACGAAACUACAAACGCGAAUAUUAGAAACAAGUCCCACCUCACCGAGUUAUACUACCAGUGGACUACCUACCGCCUCGAUGUUCUGGCUCGACGAUGUCAACUUACUGCUCAAGCUCUCAGGGAGAAAUAUGUAGAGAACGUAGAGAAACAUGACUCAGAGAGGAAGCCAGGGAUGUGCCGUGUUGAAACGGUCAACGUGCUUGACAUGGAGAAAUGGACAGAGGAGAUGAUCAAGUACAUCAAAGAGACUAUGUACGAGAUGAGGCCCCUCGAACAGUAG